UUUGCUCCCCAGCUGGUGUUCCCUCUCGAAUGGUUUCCACUCAACAAGCCCAGCGUGGGGGACUACUUCCACAUGGCCUACAACGUCAUCACGCCCUUCCUCCUGCUCAAGCUCAUCGAGCGAUCCCCUCGAACCCUGCCGCGCUCCAUGAUCUACAUCAGCAUCAUCACCUUCGUCAUGGGCGCCAGCAUCCACCUGGUGGGCGACUCCGUGAACCACCGCUUGCUCUUCAGUGGCUACCAGCACCACCUGUCUGUCCGGGAGAAUCCCAUCAUCAAGAAUCUCAAGCCAGAGACGCUGAUCGACUCCUUCGAGCUGCUCUACUACUACGACGAGUACCUGGGCCACUCCAUGUGGUACGUCCCCUUCUUCCUCAUCCUCUUCAUAUACUUCAGCGGUUGUUUCACUCCCGCCAAAGCUGAGAGUUCGAUGCCAGGGGCGGCCCUGCUCCUGGUGAUGCCCAGUGGCCUGUACUAUUGGUACCUGGUCACCGAGGGCCAGAUCUUCAUCCUCUUCAUCUUCACCUUCUUUGCCAUGCUGGCCCUUGUCCUGCACCAGAAGCGCAAGCGCCUCUUCCUGGACAGCAACGGCCUCUUCCUCUUCUACUCCUUCGCCCUCACCCUCCUGCUUGUGGCACUGUGGGUCGCCUGGCUGUGGAAUGACACGGUACUCAGGAAGAAGUACCCGGGUGUCAUCUACGUCCCUGAGCCCUGGGCCUUCUACACCCUGCACGUCAGCAGCCGACGCUGAGUCCCUGGCACCAGCCGCCGGUGCUCUGCCUGGCGGGAGACGGGCCGCAGAGUGGCUGAGCGGGGAUGUGCGUGCAUGCGUGUGUGCAGACGCGUGUAUCCACCCAUGUGUGCGCUCUCCUAACAGCAGCCGGCCGGAUGCGCAUUGUGCACAUGGACAGGGGUGUGUGUACACGCGUGCGUGUGCAGAGAGCGUCGUCGUAAGACGCGAUUGUUUGGCCCAAGUUUCUCUUCGGUUUGGAUCUUUCCAGGAUGGGAUAUAGUUGGAGGCCGUGUGUCCAGGCCGAGGUGUGGGCCUGCCUUCUCGUGCACCUGACUGGAGUGGGGCCCUCUCACUCACCGCUCAGGGCGGGUCUCUUCCUGCGCUGGCUUCUGGUAGGCCUCGCGGGUGGGGCAGCAGUGGUGAGGGGACUGGGCAUAUCACCCGCCACCUGGCUCACCCCUCAGGCCUGCCCUGACCCUGGAGGCCAGAUUACAAAGGUUAAGUUAACUCUCUGGGUAUUGGUGAGCAAAGCACAUCCCUCCUCUGGGCCUCAUUUGCACCAGCUGGGAGCAGGGCCCAAAGUGUGUCAGUGGGCUGGUUGUUGGGGCAGCCCUGGGAUGGACAGAUCGUUCUCUCGUCGCUGCCCUCUGCUACCCCGGGAAGGGUGUGCGCGCCGCAGAUCCUCACCCAAACUCAGGUCACACGGAGUGUUGUGCCGCCCGACUCCCCUGAGCACCAUUUCCCUCUGCCAGAAGCUGUCUCCGUGCUCCCCGCCCCCCAUAACUGUGGCACCCCUUCCUGGCAGCCUGACCAGCAUGUCUGAGCUGCAGCUGAAGGCUGUGUUCUCAAACACUUGCAGUAUUCCCUGAGCCCCAUUAUAGGGCCAGGGGGCAUUUGGGGGAUGUUGGGAGUGGGGCGGAUCUGGAGGCUCUCCCCUGUAGGCCUCGUCUCAGCCUGAAUCUCAUGGCUUCUGCUCGUGGCCCUGCUCCCAGAAAAGGGAGGCUUCAUUCCCAUAGGACACCCCGGGCCCGCCUUCCCCCAGGCCUUGGGGACACAUCUGCCCACCCAGCUGCCGGCACCAGUCUCAUUUCCCAGCCAGCACUGGCUCGGCGAGCUUGUGGGUCUCAGGGGGCCUGCCCUGCCUUCCCCGGGCCCUGCCUCCUCUCCUGUGUUUUCAGGGAGCCCCGUGCCUCAGAUGCUCCUUUCAUGUUGGGGUCCCUCUGCAGCCCCCUUAGAGGGCCCCCAGCCCCGGUUCCAUGGGCGGAGAGAGGUGUGAAUAAAGACCAGUGUGGAGCCCA